AAGAAAUACAAGCCUGUCGCUCUCAAAACCCGACCCGUCCUUGGUGCCGUCCCCGAACAAUUUCGAAUACUUCGAGACAUCAAGGGCGACCCUCUCUCCAUCAUGCCUAAACUUUCGACCGACCCCCCGCCGUUCAAACCUACCGGUCGGUACACCCUCGAACACUUCGAAGCAACCGAGAAGCUUCACGACGGCGACUUCCUACUUCCCAAAGAGCUCCUCCACCACUUCAUGUGCCUGCACAACGAAGCCUUCGCCUGGACCGAUGACGAGCGCAGAUGUUUCAAGCCCGAGUACUUCCCCCCCGUCGAUUUCCCCGUCGUUCCUCACACGCCCUGGGUGCAGAAGAAUAUCCCCAUUCCGCCCGGGAUCUACAACGAAGUCUGCGCGGUGAUCAAGCGAAAGAUCGCCGCCGGAGUCUACGAGCAAUCGAACUCGUCGUAUCGAUCGCGUUGGUUCUGUGUCGUCAAGAAGGACGGUAAAUCUCUUUGA